CUGUUACACGCGAGCGCGCUUCCAAUGCCCUUAGGUGUACACGCUGCGCGCUCCCGUGCCACUGCCGCCAUCUUGGCGUCUGUCUGUCCGGGGCCGGGACACACCCGGAUGCCGGGGUCGGACCUGGACCACACCGGGAGAAUUGCCACAGUCAUCUGUACCUUGGUCGUGUGCCUUUACUGUUCAGAUCAUGUGCCUUUACUGGCAACAGUUUCAAUCCUCUUCCUUUUCUGAUAAGCAGAAAGUGAAUGUCUUGCUGUAAGGGGCAUCAGCGUGGGUGUCAGCCAGGUCCCAGGAGGACAGAAGAUGUCCCGAAGGAAACAAACAACUCCAAAUAAAGUACAUUGGAAACAAGUGUUUGCUGGUUUGGAGCAGCAGGCCCGUGAAGCUAUGAUGAAAACAGACAUUGUGAAACGGGAAUUCUCUGACUUUGGUCAGCAUGAGAGGAGUAGCAGUGAUAGCGAAGCAGAAGAUACCACUGUUGAUGAAUUGUCCUCCCCUACCUCAGAGGAAGACCACAUGGAGAGAGAAGUAAAAGAGGAACCCGGAGUCAGCAGAACUAGUACAAAAAAUGACCUCUGUGGAGAAAUGUCUUCUGAAGGCACCCAGGACUCUGAUCUAUUUAUUUGCCCAUUAUGUCAGCUGGAUUGUGAAUCCCAAGAGCAGCUGAUCACUCAUGUAUAUCAGCAUACAGCUGCAGUUGUCAGUGCUAAAAGCUAUCUGUGUCCUGUUUGUGGGCGAGCACUCAGCUCUCCGGGGUCAUUGGGACGGCACCUGUUGAUUCAUUCAGAAGAUCAGCUUUCCAACUGUGCUUUAUGUGGAACACAGUUCUCCAGCCAUGCUACCUUCAACAGUGAGAAGUUGCCAGAACUUUUGUCACCGGAUUCUUGGAACCAGAAUAAUCACAAUGGCUCCAGCAGUUGUGAGGGAAAGAACCUAGAGACCAGUGCAGUUUAUCCUGCUGGUAUCUUACUUGUUUGUAACAAUUGCACGGCUUAUAGGAAGCUGAUGGCUGACCAGACACCUGAAGUUCGUAAAUGGGCCACACGCAGACAGAAUGAGCCUACUAAGGCAAGAAUGGUGCGACUGGAGCGAGAGCGAACAGCUAAGAAAAGCAGGCGUGAUAGUGAGACUCCAGAUGAGCGUGAGUUGCGUAGAAUGAGGGACAGAGAAGCCAAAAGGCAGCAACGGAUGCAGGAAACUGAUGAGCAGCGGGCAAAGCGCUUGCAACGGGAUCGUGAGGCCAUGCGUCUGAAACGGGCCAGUGAGACCCCAGAGAAACGCCAGGCAAGAUUAAUUCGAGAACGAGAAGCCAAGAGGUUGAAAAGAAGAUUGGAAAAAAUGGACAUGAUGCUGCGAGCACAGUUUGGGCAGGACCCCGCAGCAAUAGCAGCUUUAGCAGAAAUGAACUUUUUUCAACUUCCUGUAGCAAACUCUGACCUAGAACAGCAAUUUCUAGGGAAGAUGGAGCUUGAAGGUCAGAAUAACUGUACUCUGCCUUGACCCCUACUGAGGCUGCUUGGUUUUGUUUUUUUUUCAUGGCAAGCUGUGUUUGCCUUAAUCUUAAAAACAUGGGUUAAUGGCACAAAUUACAAUGCCUGUCAGAAUGUGAAACUCUUAAGAAACCUUCUAGCCCCAUCUCUGCUGAGAUACCUGGAUAUGAGCAUUUUGUUGUCCUUCUGUAUUUACUAUAUUUAAACAGAAAGUCAUUGUGAUGGAUGUUAUCCAUCUACCAAUGCUGUCUGUGUUGCUCAGGAUUUGGAAUCUCUUGGGAGGGGAAAGCUGUUGGUUAUUUGUGCUUUCCGUUUGUCAUGCCUUUGCUACAGGGUAUGAAUCACCGGGUAUGUACUAUCUUCCUGUAUCUUUUCAAUUCCCAAGAACAAUUCCCUUUCUAAACCAAUGCUGUGUGUGUUAAACAGGGUAUAAAAUACAGACUUCUCAUUAA